AAUGAUCCGAAAUGAUAUCUCAAAUUCGAACUCCAGGGACACGGGUAUCUCAGAUUCGCACCCAGAUAUGGAGAAUUGCUGUUCCAAUCCCACCUCCUAACUCCUGCGCCUUGAGACUGGCAUCCAAUCUCCUCCACAGCAGAGUGACAAGGCUGUGACAGGCAACUUGAACUUCAACAUCCGCGCCUCUCCACUGCCAUCCCACCUUUUCCACACGCGGCGGACUGUGCACGCGACGAACGAGCGGGAGAUCCGCUUCCCGCCUACUAGCUCUCAAUAAUUGCCCUGAUGAAUCGCUUCUUCAAGAGAGGUGUUGAGCACAGUAGACCUUAACUCCCCAUCCUCCCAUCCUCGGCCCCUUGUGCCCAGACAUGUUGUCGCCUGAUGAGAGGGCGCCUCCCCAAUCAUGUUACGCCGCGGUCGAGUGCCGCAUUGAAUUACAUUCCAUUCUUUUGCCAUUUUGAGCCUCAGCCUCGGCGGCCAGCGCUGGGUCCCAUCAACAACAGACGGACUCACGGACCAGCUGAAGGUAAGAUCUGUCAGACAUGUAAGCCAUGCAGCUGUCAGAGAAAAUGCGAGUCCUGUCCCCUUCUUCUGUCGUUUGGCUUCCACCUCACCUCCGCUCUCUGUUCUCCUCACCGCGCAUCCUAUACAAAAAUGCUCUGAGCUGCAGUGCUUGUCGGAUGAGGUUCCAUCUCUACGUGUCUGGAACAAGGACAAUGGCGUCGUCGAAACAUAUUAUCUGCAGCCUCGUCCUGCUCGUCACAGCGCCCACCGUCCUCACAUAUCCCAUCGCUCACGCCCACGCUCACGUGGGGACCCCGGAACUGGGUGCCCUGUCCUUCGCCGAACUCACUCAACACACGUUCCGGCGGAUUCUCGAACUCGGCUUCCUGCGCGGUGUGGUGGUCUCUUUGUUGGUUCUGGGCAGUUUGGUGUGCCUGCUUAUUUGCGUACUGUCCGUCCUGGCAACAUACCUUGGCCGCCAUGACACGCAUCAUCAGUCACAACAGGUCGAACAGGAUAAUGGGGUGGCAGUUCAGGAGAAGGCGGCGCCACAUCAUUAUGGAGAAACAAAACGUGCCAUUGGAGCCAUCCACAACGAGCACAUCCAACAGCAGCAGCUUCAACUUGGGCAAUCCUUGCCUCUUCGAAGAGGCAUCAUUCGGUAUAUCCUGGGACAAGAUCACCAUCCCAUAAUUCGGAUCAACACCAUUCAUACCUCAAAUUCUUCACCGCGCAAUCCCACUCCCAAGAGCAUCACCACUACCACUACCACUACCACCACCACUUCUUCACCACGAUCUACGUCAACUCCUAAGCUAAAGCUACGCUCCGCACUCUCCAAAUCCCCACCUCCACAGCGGCCUCGCUUGUUUUCCACAAGAGCCCAAUCAUUCUUUUUCGGGCAGAGGCGAUCAAGCGCUCAAAGCCCCAAGUCCGUCCGAUGGGCCGACGAAGUUCAGAUUUCCUUGAUCACAACCACACCCACAUCCACGACCAUUGAAAUGGAAUUUGAAACGGACAUUGGCCUCAGCAGCCCCAGUCCUGUAACCGAGGGAUGCGACGGCGACAGCGAUUAUUUUCGCCCUUGAUUUUAAUGUAUAUCUAGCUAUGGAGUUCGAGUUUUAGUUUCAAGUUCCCGCUGAGCGUUUAUCUUUGGGACUCCUUGGCCUGAGUAAGGAAGGCCUCUUCUGUUCGGGUUCAACGUCACACGCCACACCGGCAGGUCGACUGGUUUUCUGUUUCCUUUUCUUUCUUUCCUUCUUGAGCGACGGCGCAUGGGUACGGAUAGGAGCGGUGACGGAUACCAGUUAGCUUGGUGCGUUAUUUUGAAUUUUAAUGGGGUUGUUUGUCUACGAGCGUACUGUAGUGCAAUGGUGAAGGGUAUGGCUAUAAUCAAGGUAGCCGAGCUCAAAAUAAAUUAUCGUCGGCGUCAUGAGAACCGCAUGUUUCAGUCUCACGAGAUUGAUCCUGCUUCUUCUUCCGUUCGAAGAUUGGUCACACCACUACUGCACAGAAAAAGGAUGUCGAUCAUUAAUGAUUUUCAUUUCUGAUGCAUUAAAUUAUUUUGCUCUGCUGUGCUGUAUGUAAUGCACUUGUUCCAUGUCUAAUAGGUGCAGAGGGUACUAUCCCAUAACCAAAUAUAUCUGCAACAUCAAUUGCAAUCCUAGUCUCGCUUCUUCGCGGACUGGUCCCAC